AGGGCAACGGGUGGGCGACCAGGCGUACUAGUACAGGGCACUGGCUCCGGCAUGUGAGAGGACCCUGAUCAGGCUCUUCACCCGUGUCAUUAGUCAUCCUCGAGCUAAUCCGGAUCUGGGGACUCACAGCUGAGGCAGGAGGCGCGCCAGCUUGCCUGGAGCGAAGAAAAAAAUGAAUGUCAACUUCAGACAAGUUGCGAUAUCUCCCAGGCGGCUUAAAUACUUACUUAUUCAGAUGUCGUUGUUGCUAUUCACUGUAUCAGCAAUGAUUUGCCUGCUUGCAUCGGUUGUUUUUCUACUCAACCCUCAACCGGGCUACUCGCUGCCAAACUCCUUGCAACAAGUUUUACCAACGUACCUCCAAACAAAUCACCAUGGCUGGGAGCUGGAGCCUGCCUACCAGGGUGCAUCCAACUGCCCGGAGCAAAAAGAAGAAUGGAACAUACUUUAUCAUCUUGGAGGAAACGGCCCAUGGGUGGAAAAAGUCGACGGUGUGGUAGAGGGGGGAAUUCAAGUUCCUGAUGGCUGUGAGAUUGAUAUGGCACAUAUGGUAGGGUUCUCCGCCUUGAAUAAAGCCUCCAUCAUGACAUCCUUUGGGAAGAUUAUAUCCUAAUUCUUGGAUUCUCACCGCUAGAUGUCACGUCAUGGCGAACGAUUUCCUACAAAAAAUGCCGGUGCCCGUAAGCAAAAUCUAACCCGCAGUUACAAUGAAGGGUUGAAAGUUUACGGAUCGUGAGUCUAGGAAUGAUCGCGCUCCUAGAGAAAAUAAAGUCUUCGGGCGUUGAGCCGAAGGGUUCUCUUUCCUUCUUGGGUGAUUGGCAAUAUUUCACGGACUGUAGGUUCACCUUGUGGGUAAAUUACGUUGGAUAGGUGAUAGACUAUUCUAAUUCUCAUAUAGCGCCCGAGAAACAUUUCGAACAACUCACUACCACCGGCCCUUACUCGGGAACUUUAGAAGCAUUCACUACUGGAGUCAAGCUUCGCACUCGGUACCAGCAUUUAUGGGAAAAGAUCCUUAAUAGGCAUACCUUGUUUUGGGCCAGCGAGUGCGAUCGUGUAAUCGACACAGCAAGAUACUUUGGCGCAGGGUUUUUCGGCCUCGAUAGCAAGCGCGCAGAGCUCCAGAUCAUUAGUGAGGAUGAAAGUAAAGCUGGAGACACAUUGACCCCGGGGUAGGUUUUUCUGAUGCUAUGAAUUAUUUGUUACGGCUUUUGCUCGAGCCGAGGGAUCGUGUGGAGCGAUACAACCAACGCUGACGCGGAUACAGUGACACUUGUAAGAAUUAUGUCGACGACCCGGAACUGGGCCACGAUUACGGCUAUGAGAUGCUCUACAAAUACCGUGCGACUUACCUCCCAGCUAUCGCUCACCGACUUGAGAAAGAAAAUCCUGGCUUGCAGUUUUCCGGUAUAUUAUUUUCCCACGAUAUGCUUUGAACCUUGUCCUAUGCACACCCUGCUUAUUGGCGUAUUACCAUAGAUUCGGAGAUCUACAGCAUGCAGGAGAUGUGUGGUUUUGAGAUCACUGUGCGAGGGAACAGUAAAUGGUGUGAUGUUUUCACAAAGAAAGAAUGGUCCCAAUUUGAGUAUGCGAGGGACAUAAUUCAUUACUAUAGGGCUGGGUUUGUCCACCUACGAUCAAUUCUGAAUUAAUAAUUCAAUGGCUAACGGUCCUAGACCCGGCAACAAGUAUGGAAAGGCAAUGGGUUGGCUUUGGUUAAACGCAACCGCGAACUUGAUCGCAGAGGGGCCCGAAUCGGCUGGCCCGCUUUACUUCAGUUUGUGCGUCUGAAUCUGUUUCAUACCUGCCCACAACACUGUGACCCAAACUGACCGUGAGUUAGUGUCCACGAUGGAGACAUUGUGCCCAUGUUGGCAGCAUCGGGAAUUUUCGAAGACACCCAGGACCUCCCUAUUGAUGAAAUAAUGGAGGAUAGGAAAUGGAAGACAUCGCAAAUAACCCCCAUGGGUGGUCGUAUCAUUUUCGAGCGUCUAUCGUGCACCCCGAAGAGCAAAUCCUUAGAAAAAGAGAUAUUUGUCAGGUUCAACGUCAAUGAUGGGAUUGUGCCAUUAACAGGCUGUAUGGAUGGGCCAGGGAAGAGCUGUCCGUUGAACGGCUUCUUAGAGCAUGUGAAGAGAAGGGGGGGGAUCGCCGGCGAUUUCAGGACGGUUUGUGGCCUAGCCCACGAUACGCCAGAUAGGCCAACGUUCCUUAGGCAACCAUCUCCGGAUAACAUUAUGGCAGCAGUAGAAGGCAGAGAAGGCAAGGACAAGAAGCCUACGAAGCUGCGAUUUUGGGGGAUCUAGGUGGUGAUGACGAAGACGAGGCGGAUGGUAUCAGGAAUUGGGAGAUGAAUGAUUGGAUUGCCUUUGACAUUUAUACCUUGUUUUUUAGAACAUAUUUCCUAGCGAUAUCCCUAUCGUAUACCCCUCCUCAUUUUGUACCUUUGGAUGAAAUCGCACAAUGGCAUGAGUUCCCUGUCCCCCUAGUCGGGAUUGCUGAGUCAGACCACUUUCCAGAUGCCCGCACAUAUAACUGCGCUAUGAGGCCAUCCUAGCACCCUUAAAUCCGAGAUUAUUUGUAUUUCGUAGAUCUCCCGAGGACUGCGAGAGCACUCGCUAGAUUGAAAGUUGCGAA